AUGGCGCCUAAGUGGCCACAGGUAAACAUUGGACCCGAACACAUCAACGAGCACACCACAUACCUCAAGGAAGCAUGCACUCAAUUGCAAGCAGUGAAUAGAGGACGGCAGAACCAAGUACCAUGGAACACAGUGCAACACUAUUUGACAUCAACCAUUGCACUCAUUGGCAAGGUCCUCCGACAGCCGUCGAUGAGCGAUAUCCUCCAGCAGGUUCAGGACGCAGCCAAGUGCACCCAGACCAUCCAGAAAGACGUCAAGAUCAUUAAGAACUCGGUGGGAUUGAGCACUACUCCACUCGUCGCAUCCAACUUCAGUGGAAGGCAAACUGCCGCGAUAUCGUGGGCGCAAGUAGCUGCACAAGCCAAAGGCUCUCCACCCGCACCACCUCCAACCCAACAUGGCGCAGACACUUCUAGGACUUCUCACACAAUAACAACAUACACAGACCGAGCACUCACAGUUAAGCUCAAGGAUCACGGUAUCGCCCAGCGCCAUCGGACGCAAUCAGCUGCCUGGACCAAGCAACAAGUACAGAACUCUGUCCGUGAUAACUCACCGACCAAUUCAAUCAAAAUAGUUGCAGCAUAUCAGCUCAAGAGCGGCGAAAUACAGAUCUUCACCAGUACUACAGCAGAAGCCACACAGCUCAAGGAGAACCAGGGUUGGUUGAAGGGCCUUGGAGAACGGGCAGAACUUAUUAUGCCAACUUAUGGAGUUAUUGUUCACGGCAUCUCCACAAACUCCAUCAACACGAAAGACCAGACAGCAACCAUCCAACAGAUGCUCGCGGACAACUACACAGUGAUCCCGUCUGCAGAGAUCACAUAUGUUGGAUGGCUCACCAAGGAAGCCACUCCCAAACAGGCAUCCUCCAUAGUGGUUGAAUUCAAGGACCCGGAGAUGGCCAACACUAUCAUCUAUGCAGGAAUGGUAUGGGAGGGCCAGGUACACCAAUGCCAGCUCUAUGAUCGUGCUUGCCGAGUGAAACAGUGCUUCCGCUGCUGCAAUUACGGCCACAUCGGCACUCAAUGCAACGCAUCCCAAACUUGCGGCUAUUGCGCGGGGCAACAUGAGACCAGGCACUGCAAGCAGAAGGGAACCGAAGGGUUCACUGCCCAAUGCGCACAACGUCUGCCCAGCGAGGAAGAAGGAGAUGGCACGGUAGAACGAGCCAAACAGGCCCGGAGCAUCUACUGGCAUGUACCUCCAAAGGAGAAAGCUACAAGACAAAGCACACGUGGAAAACACAACACCAAUGCAACACCAAUGAUUCGUACUCAGACAGCGCCCGAUGCGACUCGCACCAUCACCCAGAGAUUAGCGGAAACAAUGCGGCCGAUACAAGAAGCCAGCACCCCUGUACACGUUGAACAAACACCCCGUCCUGAGCAACCAACCGAUCAGGCCAUAACGCAAGCAGCACCACAAACAAGCACAUCACCAACACCCCAGGUGCCAGAGGACGAACCCAUGGUCCAACCCCCCGUUGCUCCGCCGGCCGAGGAGAACCGGCAGACUCCAGCGACACGACAAGAAUCUCCCAUACUACAGCAACCAGGCUCACAGAACGCCAUUGGGGGGUCUGGCAGAGACCACCCUCAGCCAUCCACAAACCAGAUGGACGAAACGGAAGGACUACUGACACUACAGGAAACAGACGACUGGCUAAACAAUAUGCUCGGCGACAAUGGCAAUGGAUGGAUCUAUGACACGGCUGAGGUCGAACCAUCCCCAAUAACUUCUUUGGCGACGGAUACUCGUACAGCACUGGGGAGGAUUUAUAAAGGCUGCCAUUGUCCGGAACAUCAAGAAAUCUAUAGCGACUGGCCAGCACACAACGCCGAACUCACGAUUGUCCAGUGUAUGAAGAUUUGCGUGUACUGCGGCAAAGACUUCGCGGUCGCAGCUGAACUGCGUAAACACAUGAGAAAGCAUCACUGCGCAUCUCAAAAUUUGAGAAUACGUGUCGAGACAACCGGAAGAGGCAGCUCCAAAACGCCGGCCUGGAUCGUCAGGGAUCCCGCUGAAAUACCGAACUGCUCUUGGUUGGAACCACGUUACAGCCCGAUGAUGCGGAGACAUUGA